CGUGCAAUGAGGAACACGCACAGCAACCACGGCUUACCUUGACUUAUUUAAAUUCGGCUGAUAAGAUCUGACCCUUUCAGUAUAUCAGUACGAUAUACAUGAGUAUACUGUGUCUGUACGCUGUAUAAACAAGGCGCGGUCAUGUCAGACUCCAAGAAAGCUCCCGACAGGGCCACAUGGGGAUCUCAAGUAGAGUUCAUACUAACAUGCGUAGGAUGCGCUGUUGGUCUUGGCAAUGUCUGGAGAUUUCCGUAUCUGGCAUAUAAGGACGGAGGAGGUGCAUUUCUACUGCCGUACUUCUUGAGCCUGUUUGUGUUGGGAAUUCCUCUGUUUGCCCUUGACAUCAACAUGGGACAGUUUGCCAGUGUCGGACCGCUCAAAGUAUGGCGCCUGAGUCCUAUUUUCAGAGGUCUUGGUAUUGCAAUGGUGGCUGUGACAUCAUUCAUCAUGAUAUACUACAGUGUUGUCAUCGCGCAGUUUGUUUACUUCCUGUGUGCGUCGAUGACGUCAGAGCUGCCCUGGAGCACGUGUCUUCAUGAGUGGAAUACUUGUUUCUGUCGCAUCAAUGUCAACGAUACAUCGUACCUGAACAACACCAACAUCAACUGCACUGAUCAGAUUGUUGUUCCACAAAAUGCCACACGGUCACCCAGUGAAGAGUAUUACAAUUUGCAUGUACUGGAAGUAUCCGACGGUAUCGGCUCCGUGGGUAGGAUGAAGUGGGAGCUAGUCCUGUGUAACCUUCUAUCAUGGACUGUGUGCUGCAUCAUCACCAUCAAGGGAAUCAAGUCACUUGGGAAGGUUAUAUAUGUCUUCACUGUCCUACCCUACAUUCUACUGACUGUAAUGCUUGUUCGGGGCCUGACUCUGGAUGGAUAUCUGGAUGGCGUCAAGUACUACAUCACCCCUAAACCAGAACAACUCACAUCUGCAUCUGUGUGGGGCGAUGCAGCUGUGCAGAUUUUUUUCUCAACGAGUACCUGCUCUGGAGCUCUGAUAGCAAUGGCAAGUUACAACAAAUUCAAUAAUAACACCCUCAGAGAUUCAAUUUUGAUACCCCUAAUCAACUGCCUUACAAGUUUCUUUGCCGGAUUCGCAAUAUUCUCUGUGCUCGGUUUUAUGGCGCAUACGAAAGGUGUGGAGGUGGAGGAGGUGACAGCACAAGGACCCGGUCUGGUGUUUGUUGUGUAUCCCGAAGCUCUGUCUAGGAUGCCGAUUCCACCUCUGUGGUCCAUCCUCUUCUUCAUCAUGCUGAUCACCCUAGGAUGGAGCUCAAUGAUAUCUGGAGUAGAGUCCGUACUGACAUCCGUCAUCGAUGUGUUCCCUCAAUUGGCACAGGGCAGAAAUAAUUAUCUGUUUCGAAUUGGUGUAUGUUUGCUCGGCUUUCUUCUCGGCCUUCCUCAAGUAACGCAGGGUGGAAGCUAUAUCCUAAACCUGAUGGACACAUUUGUAGGCGGAUUCCCACUUCUUAUCAUUGGCCUUGUUGAGCUUGUGGCCGUCAUAUUUGUAUACGGUAUCCGUCGAUUCAAAGACGAUGUUCGGAUGAUGAUUGGGACCCGGAUGAACAUAGUGGCAACCAUUGUGUACUACUACUUCCUGUUGUGCUGGUGUUUCCUCUCCCCAGUGUUGCUGGUGACCGUCCUAGUCUUCAAGAGCAUGCAGUACACCCCUAUUACAGGGCCGGGCUAUCCAGAGUGGUCCGAAGCCCUGGGGUGGCUGAUAGUGGCGGCUAUCCUCAUCUCUAUACCCGCAUGGUAUUGUGGCUAUUUCUGCUUCAAGGGAGGAUUCGAGUUAUGGUGGAAUCUCAACAAACCACUUGAUGAAUGGGGGCCGAGGCUGGAUGAAAACAAACAUGGAAGAUACAGCCCAGGAUUUGGAAGUCCGCUAGCGACGCUGGAGAAUGUUUCUGUGGGUUCCAACAAGAAGGGUGGUGGAUUGAUCAAUGGUGGCUAUGAAGAAGGGAAAAGCAGAUUUUAGAAUGAUGAUCACCAGGACAUUUGCCAACAUGAUACACCCCGGGCCAUUUGUUUACAUGAUACACUCCGGGCCAUUUGUUUACAUGAUAAACAUCGGACCAUUUGUUUACAUGAUACACACCAGGCCAUUUGUCUAAAUGAUAAGUACCAGGCUAUUGUCUACAUGAUAAACAUCGGGCCAUUGUUUACACGAUAAACACCAGGCACCUGCAACACCUCUUCAUCGCAAUUCAUGUAUCCAUGUACAGACUAUAGCCUGCUUCAAAUUAGAACGUGCCAUGCAUUUGUCUUUACACAAUGAGUUGCUCAGACUGGGUGUUUUGUCAAAUUGAUUUCUGAUCCUAACUACACUUAUAAUAAUUCGAAACUUGCUUCUGUUUCCUUUGUCAACUUGUUAACGCCACCCUCAGCAAUCGUCCAGCUAUUUCACGGUGGUGUGCAAAUAUCGCUGCCAGUUAUUGUAAAACAAUAAUGAUUUCAAAAUGAAAAAAAAUCAAGAGACUUGGAUAUACAAAUUGAUCAAUGAACCUAGCCCGCGUGCGACGUUUUGUGACGUUUUGUGAAUAUUUCAGUAUACGACGUUUCCGUUUGAAGUCAACUAAUUAAUAUUAAUAAAGAUAUAGGUUUAAUGCCAACUUCA